UUUCUCUAAUCUCUCUUCUCAGAAGAUGAGCGCGGUGGGAAUCGAUUAAUAGACGGGUUUAGAGGGAUGAGAAAGGAACUGGAAAGAUCAAGAUUCAGAUCAGUCGGUUCUAUUUUGGAUUUCAGAUGUUCAUUCAACGAUUACAUUCUCUUAGAGAGUGGACCGAAGAAGGGGUAGAUCCGUAUGGUUCCAUUUUUGAGGUGGAACAACGACAGGAAUGGUUGCCACAAGAAUCAGAUCUACUGCCUUGCCAAACUGAUUGAGGGUCGGCAGAUUCAUCGUAGUCUCUGCCAGAGACAUUGACCAAG